CUCGGGUUUGUGGUUCCGAGGUACGGCGCGCGUUGGGGCGUCCGGGCUGCUUUCCCCAGCCGCUGUGCAGGCCGCCCGCUGCCUCAGUGACCUGAGUGACCGUCUGCCGGCCAGGUGUCAGAGAAGAUGACAGAGGAACUGGAGCUGCUGGAGCAGGACUCUGAUGGGAGCAGUGAAGAAGUGGUCCUGACCCCUGCAGAGCUCAUUGAAAAGCUGGAGCAGGCUUGGCUGAAUGAAAAAUUUGCCCCUGAGCUUCUGGAAAGCAAAUCAGAAAUUGUGGAAUGUGUCAUAGAACAGCUGGAACACAUGGAAGAAAAUCUCAGGAGAGCCAAGAGGGAAGAUCUGAAGGUCAGCAUCCACAGAAUGGAAAUGGAGAGGAUCCGCUAUGUCCUUAGCAGCUACUUGCGGUCUCGGCUUAUGAAGAUAGAAAAGUUUUUUCCUCAUAUCCUUGAAAAGGAGAAAACAAGCCAUGAAGGAGACCCUUCUAGCCUUUCUCCUGAAGAGUUUACCUUUGCCAAAGAGUAUAUGGCUAACACAGAGACCUAUCUAAAGAAUGUUGCCUUGAAGCAUAUGCCACCUAACUUACAGAAAGUUGACCUCUUGAGGUCAGUUCCAAAACCAGAUCUAGAUUCAUAUGUCUUUCUGAGAGUGAAAGAACGUCAAGAAAAUAUACUGGUUGAACCAGAAACAGAUGAGCAGAGAGACUACGUGAUUGACUUGGAGGAAGGCUCUCAGCACUUAAUCCGAUAUAAAACCAUUGCCCCUCUGGUUGCUUCUGGAGCAGUACAGCUAAUUUAGAACCAAAAAUGAAAAAUAAGAAUGGAAGAUUCAGAAACCUCAUAUUACUUAGCCUUCUACUUUUCUUCCAUUUUGGUCAGCAGAGGGGGCUAUUGCUUUAUUUUUCUGUGAACUGAGAAGAUCUGAGACUUGAUUUGUGAUAUUUUCUGAGCUCAGGAAAAUGGGGUAAAGGUAGAUUAUUAUAAAACAUUACCAUUUAUGAUUUUAUCCCUGAACUGAUGAUUUUGGGGGUGGGGAGGCCUCAGUAAAGGGUGGGUGUUCAUGAUGAGAAGAUUAUAGAGAUUAAAGAAACAGCUGUGGUUUUCCCUGAUAAAUUAUUAGACUGAAUACAUUAUUAACCUUUUAGAAUUUCUGGUAUUAGAUUUAGAACCAAUUUCUGUCAUAUGUGACUAAGAAUCAGUACAGCAUUGUUAAGUUUCAUUUCUAUGGGCUAAAGCCAGUUUCCAUCUAUUGCCUGAUGAAAUACAUCCUCCCUGCUGCUAAGCUGCAGCCCCAGAAAGCUUCAGCACGCCAGCCUCUUGGCCAUCUGGCCAUCUUUAUGUGCUCUCUUUAUCUAUUCUAUACUGUCACCUCAGUAGCAUCUUUCCUUUUGAAGAUUUUCACUUUCUCAAACGAACUGGAAGAUACUGACUGUGUGGAUUAAGAGUAUGCGUGAAUCCUGAAGGAGUGUAUUUGACAGGGGUUGGAUUGUCUUUCCUUGAAGAAUGAUAAAAAUCAAUCCGCAAUCUAUUGUUGUUCUUUCUUGACGAAAAGGCAGUAGAUUUCAUUUACACGAUUAAGCUGUUGGAAUAAUCAGUUACAUUGCUAUUUUUAAAAAAUCACUAAGUGAAUGUAUAGAAUGUUUUUUUUACCAUUUUUAUAGUGCUUUAUUUUUUUCUAAUAUAUUUUUAUCUCCUGUACCAUUCAUUUUAAACAUAUGUAUUGAGUAUACAGUGUUCUAGCACACACAGUGCAAGGCACCAUGGCACCAAUUGAGCAGCCACUGUUCCUGCUCAUAUGGUGGGUGACAGUUGUCUUACAGAGAAGUAGCUACAUUGGGUGAUUUGAGAAGUUCUCAUUGAAUUUAGUGAAUGUCAUUAAGUUAGUCUGAGAGUUAAAUAAUCAGGAGUGAGACAAAAGAGCUUUCUAGGUAAAGUAAACAACUUGUGCAAAAUCCCUAAAGCAGAAAAAUUCUCUUUAUAGUUGGUAUUCCUAAAAACACCAUGGAUAAAACGGAAAGUGGUACAAGCUAACAUAUGAGAGAGGCAGCCUAACCAGAUCACUUAGAGUUCUGUUAGCCAGGGUCCCAUUUUCUCUUCACAGCAGUCGUGAGAAGAGACAGGCCUGAACAAUAUAAAAUGCAUGGGAAACAGAAUAAACAGUUAAGCUAGAAGUCUGA